GCUUCCGGUCCGGAGGAUAGCGGAGUCCGAAUUCGGAGGCCCCAGUCUAUAGGUCCUGAAGAAUGAAAAUUUAAAUACAAGGCCAUGGCUAAACAUCUGAAGUUCAUUGCCAGGACUGUGAUGGUUCAGGAGGGGAACGUGGAAGGUGCCUACAGGACCCUGAACAGAAUCCUCACCACUGAUGGGCUCACUGAAGUCAUAAAGCGACGACGGUACUAUGAGAAGCCUUGCCGCCGCCGCCAGCGGGAGAGCUAUGAAACAUGCCGGAGGAUCUACAACAUGGAGAUGGCUCGAAAGAUUAACUUCCUGAUGCGAAAGAACCGUGCAGACCCGUGGCUGGGCUGCUAAGGCUUGGGGAUAGAAGCCCACAUUAGUUCUAUGACCAACUCUUUUCUUUAUCCAACCAAUUUCUGUUACUUUUCUCUACAAUAAACUCAAUCACAUUUCGAGGCCA